CGGGGCUCGCUCCGCUCCCCCUCGGCCGCCCCGCGUCGGUUCCGGCCUCCUCGCCCGAGCGGACACCGCCCGCGGACCGCGCCGUCUCUCCGGUAACGCCCGGAAGAGGCGUUUCGAGGCGGCCUCGAGGCCGGAAAUGACGCUUAGGCUGGCGCGGAGGCGGCGGAGCCGGGACGGAGCCAUGUCGGCGGGUGGCGGAGGGCAGCGCGACGCGGGGGCCGCCGGCGGGCGCCGCAGCAAGUGGGACCAGCCCGGCCCGGCCCCCGCCUUCCUUCUCCCUGGCACGGCGCCGCUGCCCGGGCGCCCCUUUCCCGGCGGCGGCGAUGGCAGCUCCGCCGUAGCGGGCUCCGAGAGCUCCGCAGCCCCCUCGGGAGCGCUGGAUGCGGCCGCGGCGGUGGCCGCGAAAAUCAACGCGAUGUUAAUGGCCAAAGGGAAGCUGAAGCCGGCGCCCAGCACGGCGGACAAGCUGCAGGCUCUGGGAAAAGGUCCAGCUACAAGUAAAAGCAAAGAUGACCUUGUGGUGGCAGAGGUGGAGAUCAAUGAUGUCCCCCUCACCUGCAGAAACCUGCUGACAAGAGGACAGACCCAGGAUGAGAUAAGUCGACUGAGUGGAGCAGCUGUCUCUACUCGAGGGAGAUUCAUGACUGCAGAAGAGAAAGCAAAAGUGGGACCUGGAGAUCGUCCUUUGUAUCUUCAUGUCCAGGGUCAGACAAGGGAACUGGUUGACAGAGCUGUUAACAGAAUUAAAGAGAUAAUUACUAACGGAGUAGUGAAAGCAGCCACAGGUUCUAGCCCAACGUUCAACGGAGCCACAGUGACUGUUUAUCACCAGCCAGCCCCUAUUACUCAGUUGUCUUCAGCAGUUGGCCAAAAACCUCCAUUCCAGUCAGGGAUGCAUUAUGUUCAGGACAAGUUAUUUGUUGGUCUGGAACAUGCUGUACCUACAUUUAAUGUGAAGGAGAAGGUGGAAGGGCCUGGUUGCUCCUACUUGCAGCAUAUUCAGAUUGAAACAGGUGCCAAAGUCUUUCUUCGUGGGAAAGGCUCAGGUUGCAUAGAACCAGCAUCAGGCAGAGAAGCUUUUGAACCCAUGUACAUCUACAUCAGUCACCCAAAGCCAGAAGGUUUAGCAGCUGCUAAAAAGCUAUGUGAGAAUCUGUUGCAAACUGUUCAUGCCGAGUACUCCCGGUUUGUGAACCAAAUAACCACCGCUGUACCUUUGGCAGGCUUCACUCAGCCCGCUGCUAUGAACAGUGUGCCCUCCCAGCCUUCCUACUACACCUCCAAUGGCUAUCAAUCUGGUUAUCCUGUUGUUCCCCCUCCUCAGCAGCCAGUUCAGCCACCAUAUGGUGUGCCAGGCAUUGUGCCCCCUGCAGUCCCCCUGGCCCCGGGCAUCCUGCCAGCCCUACCUGCGGGGGUUCCACCGGUGCCAACGCAGUACCCGAUACCUCAAGUCCAGCCUCCAGCCAGCACUGGCCAGAGUCCACUGAAUGGUCCUUUUCUUCCUGCUACCCCAGUGAAAACAACCAUGCCAACUGGUACACAGCCACAAGUCCAGCCCCAUCCCCAAGGUCAAAAGAGACGCUUCACUGAGGAACUCCCGGAUGAGAGAGAGUCAGGACUGCUGGGAUAUCAGCAUGGACCCAUUCAUAUGACUAAUUUAGGUACAGGCUUCUCCAGUCAGAGUGAAAUCGAUGGAGCCGGAUCGAAGGCAGCAAGUUCCUCAGGAAAGGAGAGAGAGAGGGACAGGCAGUUGAUGCCUCCACCAGCUUUUCCUGUCACUGGGAUGAAAUCAGAAUCUGAAGAAAGAAAUGGUGCGGGGUCUUUGCCAGGCAGCCAUGAUCAUCAAGCUAAGAAGAUUAAAACUGCAGAAAAGGGCUUUGGAUUAGUGGCAUAUGCUGGAGAUUCAUCAGAUGAAGAAGAGGAGCAUGGAGGCCAUAAAAACGCAAGUACUUUUUCACAGGGAUGGAGUUUGGGAUACCAGUAUCCUUCCUCACAGCAACGAGCUAAACAACAGAUGCCAUUUUGGAUGGCACCAUAAAAGCUGCAGAAGAGUUUUCAUCCUUUUUUUUGUUUUGGUUUUUUCCUCCCUUCUAGCAAUAAUGCAUGUAUAUUACAGAAUGAACUUGGCAAAUAUGCAUUGUUUUUACAUUUGCAGAAGCUAAAAAUUCAGUAUUUCCCCUUGAAAGGGCUGCAUUACUUUUAAAAUCCUGAUCUCUGCAGUGAAUUUGUCAAAAAAUAAAUAUUUUGAAAUAGCAUCCUGACAGGGCUAGUCCCUUACACCAAGGGGAAAGUGCUGUGAAGAGGAACUAGUGAAGCCUGUCAGUCUGUGUUUGUCAACUUAAGAAUGGAAAGAGUCAGUCCCACUGACUUCAUUCUACACCUGCUGUGUGUAUUUUACUGAGUGCUUCUGCCACCAGCCUCGGUUUGCCGUCCCACUGAGCUUGUGGUGACCUGGUGUCAGUGUUUUCAAACGGAAUGUACAGUAGUUCUGAACAACUUGAGGAUCAUGUUUCCUAAACUUUGUUUUUCCUUUAAGCAUCUCCUGUAACUCAGCACUUAUUUCUUGUUAAGAUGUGGUUUUACUAACGCCCAACUUCUCAUUCUAGCCAGAUGUCAGGGUGGGGGGAGGAUCAGUUUUUUGGAGGGGUUUCGUCUUGCCACCGAUCCCCAGGUGAACUCGGUGCUGUUACACUAGUACUUAAUGAUCUCCAGUCACCCUGGACUUGGACAGAACUCCUUGGGAGGUUCACCCCCACCUUUCCAUUCAUUUUCUUCCCUGAUUGCACCCUUCGUUUCAUGCUGGGUUCACAGGGCAGGCAGCCCUGGGCCCUCGCGAUGUGACCCCAACAUGGGCUUUGCCAUGGAGCACGGAACUGGACCCUGGGACCCGGUUGUUGGCCAAGACCUGUGCCCCGGGCAGAAGGAACUUGCGUGGGGCAGGAUGCGUGGGACUGCCCUGAGGGGCUGGUCGGCUUUCGGAACAGGAGGAGUAGUUUUAAAAAGGGGAUGUGUGUUGCUGCUGCGGACUGACUGCGCGACCCUUCUGGCUCCCUUGUACAAACCUUGGCUUUCCUACGUGUUGUAAAUAAUUAGAACUGUACUUUCAUGACAAAUAAAGGUAUAAAGGCG